AUGCAAAGGGAAUGGUAUACAAAGAUUCUGAUGAAAGACAUCGAUAUAGUGAACGGCGCCGGAAAGAUGGAUAAAAUGCGUUUACUUAACAUUUUAAUGCAACUGCGAAAGUGUGCGAACCAUCCGUAUCUGUUUGACGGCGCAGAGCCCGGCCCUCCCUAUACCACAGACAAGCAUUUGGCGGACAACAGCGGAAAGAUGGCUAUUCUCGACAAACUGUUGCCCCGUUUCGAGGAGGAGGGCAGUCGUGUCCUUAUAUUCAGCCAAAUGACUCGAAUGCUUGACAUUCUCGAGGAUUACUCCCUGUGGAGAGGAUAUAGAUAUUGCCGAUUAGAUGGACAGACAUCUCACGAGGAGAGAGAGCGACAGAUCGAUGAGUUUAAUAAACCCGAUUCCGAUCGCUUCCUAUUUAUGUUGAGCACAAGAGCUGGAGGUCUGGGAAUCAAUUUAGCGACGGCUGAUGUGGUUAUUCUGUAUGACUCCGAUUGGAACCCUCAGGUGGACCUCCAGGCGAUGGACAGGGCUCACAGAAUCGGCCAAAAGAAAGUCGUUCGAGUGUUUCGUUUAAUUACAGACAAUACGGUUGAAGAGAGAAUCGUUGAGAGGGCUGAGGUUAAGCUGCGAUUAGACACUGUUGUCAUACAACAGGGAAGGCUUGUUGACAGCGCCGGUAAUAAACUUGGAAAGGAUGAGAUGUUGGGAAUGAUAAGACACGGCGCCGACCAUAUAUUCGCGUCCAAAGACAGCGAGAUUACCGAUGAAGACAUCGACGUUAUUCUUGAAAAGGGAGAGAAAAAGACGGAACAAAUAAAGCAGAAGUUGGAAGCGAUGGGCGAAAGUAGUCUUCGGAACUUCACUAUAGACGCGGGCGAGUCGUCUGUCUAUAAGUUCGAGGGCGAGGACUACCGCGAGAAACAAAAGUUGUCUCAACUCGCGUGGAUUGAACCGCCCAAACGUGAGCGCAAAGCCAACUAUGCGGUCGACGCCUACUUUCGCGAAGCACUCCGUGUCAGUGAACCGCGAGCACCGAAAGCUCCCCGGCCUCCCAAACAGCCUCAGGUCCAAGACUUCCAAUUCUUUCCGCCCAGACUUUUCGAACUUCUGGACAAAGAGAUCUAUUAUUUCCGGAAAACUGUUGGCUAUAAAGUGCCCAAAAAUCCCGAAUUAGGGAACGAGGCGUCGAAAGUGCAGAGAGAGGAACAACGGCUCAUCGAUGAGAGCGAACCCCUCAAUGAUGACGAGAUCUCUGAGAAAGAGUCUCUCCUUCAGGACGGGUUCACCACUUGGACCAGACGUGACUUCAAUCAGUUUAUUAAAGCCAAUGAGAAGUACGGAAGGGAUGACACGGACUCCAUUUCCAAAGAGGUUGAGGGCAAGACUGUCGAUGAAGUGACUGAAUACUCGAAUGUGUUUUGGGAGAGAUGUCACGAACUCACGGAUUGCGACCGAAUUAUGGCUCAAAUCGAGAAGGGAGAGCAACGCAUCCAAAGGCGUCAGGAUAUCAAAAGAGCGCUCGACUCGAAGAUGUCUCGAUAUAGAGCUCCGUUCCAUCAGUUGAGGAUAGCGUACGGCACUAACAAAGGCAAGAAUUACACCGAAGAGGAGGACCGCUUCCUCGUGUGUAUGCUUCACAAGUUAGGCUUCGAUAGGGAACUGGUUUACGAUGAGCUCAAGUCUGCCAUCAGAAGUGCCCCUCAGUUUCGGUUUGAUUGGUUCAUCAAAAGCCGGACCGCAUCGGAACUGCAGCGCAGAUGUAAUACUUUGAUCACUUUGAUUGAGAGGGAGAACCAGGAGUUAGAGGAGAAGGAGCGUCAGACCAAGAAAAAGCCCGGACCUAAGCCCGGCCUUCCCAGAGGGCCCAACAAGAGGGCCGCCCCUCCCGUCGAGACAUCCAAACGCAAGAAAAGACGUUAA